AUGACCGGACGAAUGUUCAAUCUCAGCAAGAGGUCUCAUGAGCGCAAGGCCAGUCUGCCGUUCAUUCUCCCGAUGACCUCGGAGCGACAAACCGGUAGUGUGCGCUCGAUGUGGUCUGGUUGCUACACCAAACGCUACACUCGUGUCGCUCUCUGUGCUGUUGCUGGCCUGGCAUUAUAUGCGUUCUUCCGCAGUCUUGACGGAGUAGCGGAGGUGGAGGAGUUCAUAGAAGACGCCGUGGAGAGUCAUCUCUUCCCACCAUUAUACACGGAGUACCAUCAACGGGAGCUGCAGCUGCCUCAGCAUAAUCCGGAUCUAACAUACCCAGAAGGGCGGGAGGGGAAAUACUUAUGGACACCAAAUCACGUACAUGCUUCUGGGUGGGGUAACGCAAUGCAAGAGCUCCUGCUUAACUCGUUCUUGGCUUACAAUUCAGGACGAUCAUAUGUGUUUGACAAUUAUACAUGGAACAGAGAUGGAUCGGAUUACACAAGUUACAACGGAAGGCUCAUCCCUUCAAGAAUACCUCUUUCAGCAUUGAUACAAGGUCCUGCCGCCGGAGGUCCUUUUCCGCGUGGUGAUAAAGCCCCUCGCUCGGUUGCAAAGGAAUAUUGGGAUCUCGUCUGUCCACACCCGACCAUCGUCAGCAGUGAUGAGAUCACAUAUGCCGUAGAUCCGGAAGCGUCCGCGCAGACACUGAUGGACAAAUGGGUGGAAAAAUUGACUUCAAUGGAAGACAGAUGCAUCGAGAUAGACAAAAAAUCCGGUCAAAUGUUCUCCAUCUGGGUGUUUGGAUCGACCCGAAUACUGGAUAUUUGGCCGACCUUCUCCAAGUCACCCAUCGUGACCGAGUUUCGGUGGGCACCCCUCAUCGAGCGUGCGGUCAAUGUGAACCGGCAUGUCUUCUCGCCAUUGACAGGACUGGAACCGUAUCUGCCGUCGUGGUUUACCCGGACUGAUGAUCCCUACGCACCUCUCUCGGGUCUCUUGGUACUCCACAUCCGACGUGGUGACUUCGAAGACCAUUGCAUGCAUCUCGCGGAUUGGGGAUCGAGGUGGAACGGCUUCAAUUCGUUCCCGGAGCUCCCGGACAAGUUCGAACCUCUCCGUGGUGAAGGUGGCAACGCCUCAGAAGCAAUGAAGCAGUUGUACAUGCGCAGGUGUUUCCCGAGCAUCCAGCAGAUCGUGCAGCGGGUCGAGGAGGUACGACAGACGAAGGUGGCGCGUGGCCUGCGCAACAUUUAUAUCAUGACGAAUGGUGCGAAGUUGUGGGUCAACGACCUCAAGACUGCCCUGCGCGAUACGGGCCAUUUCAAGACGGUCACGAGUAGCAGGGACCUGAGGCUGAACUGGGAGCAGAAGUACGUUGCUCAAUCGGUGGACAUGUUGAUUGGCCAGAGAGCGCAGGUGCUCAUCGGUAAUGGGUUCUCGAGCCUCACAUCGAAUAUUGUGAUGCUACGCAUGGCGAACAACAAUAUACCCCCAGACAGCAACCGCCUCUGGUAA